GCCACGAGGGCGACGCGCUGGAGCUUGCAGGUGCUGGAGAGCCAUAGAUGCCAUUUUGAAGAAACCCUGAAGGCGCAAAUGGCUUUAGCUGGCUGCCCAGACUCGUUUUUGCACCAUCCUUACCGGAUAGACAGUGUAGAUCAGACAGCGCACAGUCGGCGGGAUCUAGUGGAACCUGGAUUCCAGGAGCAAUCAAGUCGCAUCUCCUUAAAUCACCAAGAUGACGACGUGGACUUGGAAGCUUUAGUUAACGAUAUGAACUCUUCGUUUGAAAGCCUGAACUCCACCUACAGCAUGCAUUCGGAAAGCAAACCACUUCUUCAAAAUGGCCAGCGCGGCCGCAGCCAGCCGCAGCCCGCCUCAGGAACAAAUGUCCUGUCUCCACAGCAGAAAGUGAACCGGUCUCAGCCAGUGCGCAUCAUGGCGGUCAGACGCCUCCAAGAAGAGGAGCAACAGUUCAGAACUUCCUCUUUGCCUGCCAUACCAAACCCAUUUCCUGAGCUUUGUAGCCCUACGAGCUCACCUGUGCUGGCACCUGGAUCUCUACCUCAGAGUCAACCUGCCAAUAAACAGGAUGUAAAAGUCUUUAGUGAAGAUGGGACAUGCAAAGUGGUCGAGAUCCUAGCGGAUAUGACAGCCAGGGACCUCUGCCAGUUGCUGGUUUACAAAAGUCAUUGUGUGGAUGAUAACAGCUGGACUCUAGUGGAGCAUCAUCCUCUUCUAGGAUUAGAGCGGUGCAUAGAGGAUCAUGAACUUGUUGUUCAAGUUGAAUCCAUGAUGGGAAGCGAAAGUAAAUUUUUGUUCAGGAAGAAUUAUGCAAAAUAUGAAUUUUUUAAAAAUCCUGUGAACUUUUUUCCAGAGCAGAUGGUUGCUUGGGGUCAGCAGUCCAACGGCUGUAUUCCACAGUCGCAACUCUUGCAGAAUUUUUUAAACUCCAGUAGCUGUCCUGAAAUUCAAGGGUUCUUGCAUGUGAAAGAACUAGGGAGGAAGUCGUGGAAGAAGCUGUAUGUUUGUCUGAGGAGAUCUGGACUCUAUUGCUCUACAAAAGGAUCUUCAAAGGAACCAAGGCACCUGCAGUUGUUAGCUGACCUUGAAGACAGCAAUAUCUUCUCACUGAUAGCUGGCAAGAAGAUGUACAGUGCUCCGACAGAUUAUGGGUUUUGUAUAAAGCCCAGCAAAGUGAGGAAUGAAACAAAAGAAUUAAGAUUGUUGUGUGCUGAGGAUGAACAGAACAGGACAUGCUGGAUGACCGCAUUUCGACUUCUCAAGUAUGGGAUGUUGUUGUACCAGAACUUCAGAAUUCCACAGCAGAGAAAAGCGAUGCUUCCACAUUUUACCACGCCUGUACGAAGUGUGUCUGAAAACUCCUUAGUAGCAAUGGAUUUUUCUGGACAAAUAGGAAGAGUUAUUGAAAAUCCAGCCGAAGCACAGUGUGCUGCCUUGGAAGAAGGGUACACUUGGCGGAAACGCACCACGAGAAUGAACGCCCUGGGUAGCCAAAGUCCUCUUCAUCCUUCCGCACUGAGCACAGUUAUUCAUAGGACACAGCACUGGUUUCAUGGCAGGAUUUCCAGGGAAGAAUCGCACAGGAUUAUUAAACAGCAGGGGCUGGUGGAUGGACUAUUUCUUCUUCGGGACAGCCAGAGUAAUCCAAAGACUUUUGUGCUUACGCUGUGCCACCAUCAAAAGAUCAAGCAUUUUCAGAUUUUGCCGUGUGAAGAUGAUGGACAGAUGUUUUUCAGCCUGGAUGACGGGAACACCAAAUUCACCGACCUAAUACAGCUUGUUGAGUUCUACCAGCUCAACAAGGGGAUCCUGCCGUGUAAACUGAAGCACCACUGCAUCCGUGUCGCCUUAUGACCUCCGUUCCUUUCUUGCCCUGGCUUUGCUCAAAAAAAGACUGGAUUCGGUAGAGAAAUCUUGUAAGAGGAAGUUGACACUGGGAAAUCGGCAGCCUCGUAGGUUGGCUUGAAAAGAGCGCAAACGUUAUGCACCUUGGGGACUUGG